AUGGCUAUGGCAUGGAUAUCUUUUCCAAACCUAUUGCCCACCUUCUUUGUAAAAGAAUGCUUAUUUUCUAUUGCGGCAGUAGUGGGUAAACCAAUCCAAUUAGAUCAAGCAACGAUUAAUAAGACACGACCUAGUUGUGCGCGAGUGAAGGUGCUGGUGAAUUUAAAAGGGACUUUUCCUAAGGUGGUGAAGAUGAAUAUUGAAGAUGAGAAGACCGGAGAAGUGAGAACUACUAUGGUGGAGAUCAAAUAUGACUAUGUUCCAAAGUACUGUGGUGAAUGCAAAAUGCAAGGACAUGAUAGGGAAGAUUGUCGAGUUCUCAAACAGUCAAAAGGUAAGGAAGAACACAAAUUUCAGCAUGUGAAUCACAAUAUUCAAAACACUCAGAUCAUGCAGGAUACUCAACCAAAGCAGAUUCCAAGACUACAAACCGGAAAAUCCAAAGUGCUUUCAAGUGGAAGAGUAGUUGGAAAUCCGGGCAACUGGAAUGUGGUUAAGGACAAGAGGAUAUUUGUUAAUAGUAACAAACAAUCUCCUCUCGUUGUAGCUAAUAAAUUCCAAGCUUUGGUUAGUGGAGAAACUAUGCAAGCAGACUGUAGUACUCAAGGUAACAAUACAAAUAUUAUGAGCAGCCAUCAACAAACUAACAAGGAAGAUAAUGAGAAAGGAUGUAACAAGUCAACAAAAGGCUGGGUCGCUAAGGUUUUUUGUCCCAGCUUGCAGAAGGAAAAGUCGCCAGUGGUGAGUAGUCCGGGCAAGGGUAAAAAUUCUUCAACAGUGAAUAAUGUACCUGAUCAACAACAAAUCAACAAGGUAGAGCAGCUCAAAGGAGAAACAAAUGUUAAGAUGACCUCAACAGAGGAAAAUGAGAAGAUACAGAUUACAGAAGAAGUAAAAGGGGAACAUGUUAUUGAUAGUUGCAGCAAUAAUUGUAAUAACCAAGCACUUCCAGGAAAUCCAGACCAUGGGAAAGAGGUUAGCAAUAGUACCAAUAUUUGCCUAGUAGAUGGAGGAGAGAUUAAGCAGAUUGAAUAUGAAAAUGAUAGAUUAGCAUUGGUAGAGAUACCUGAGGCUAUGCAGAUAGAUAAGUCACAGAUGAUUAGGAUGAAAUCUCCUAACAGAGUUUUGCAUGAUAUAGUAUCUCAUAAUAUUGGAGAAACCCCUAUUGCAGAAGCUGCAUAUUUAAAUCAAAUAGCUCAAGGUAUCACUGAAGCAGAGAUGUCAGAUGAUUUACUGGAGAAUGUUUCUACAGAAGCAGAUCUGUCACCAAGGAUUUUGAAGGCUGCUAGAAAAGGGAAGAAACAAGGCAAUGGAGAGCAUAUUCAAUCUAUCAGGUGUGAAGUUACUGAGGACAGACAUAGGAAACCUUUUAGGUUUCUUAAAUUCUGGACUGAGAAUGACUCUUUCAAGGAUAUUGUUAGACAAAAUUGGUCCUCCGGUGACUCUCAGAAUCCUUUCCUAGAUUUCAAAGAGAAUAUCAAGAAGGUAAAAUCAGCAUUGACAAAAUGGAGUAGAGAUACUUAUGGUGAUAUUUUUAAGCAACUCAUAAUUAGAGAAGAUAUUGUGAAGAUUAAAGAAAAGUUGUUUGAUGAGGUGCCUACAGCUGAAAAUAGAGAAGUACUGCAAAGAGCGCAAGCUGAACAUAGAAGAUAUCUUCAUUUUGAAGAGAUUUUCUGGUUCUUCCAUAGUAUUGUGAAAGGGAGAAGGAAGAAACUUCGAUUGCAAAGGAUUAAGAGUAAUCAAGGGACGUGGUUGGAGAAUGAGCAAGACAUAGCAGCAGAAGCCGUUAAUUUUUAUCACAAUCAAUUCUCCCAAGAUAGAGAUGCCACAUCUUUCUCACUUCUUACUCAUAUUCUAGAAUCUAUCAGGAAGGAAGAAAAUUCAGAGUUUUGUAAACUACCAGAUAUAACUGAAGUUAGAAGGGCUAUCUUUGAACUAAAUGGCGAUAGUUCUAGUGGUCCAGAUGGUCUAACGAGAAGAUUCUAUCAAAGCUAUUGGGAAAUAGUAGGGAACGAUAUCCUCAGAUUGGUGCAUGAUUUUUUCAGGGGUAACACUCUUCCUAAAUAUAUUACUCAUACUAAUUUGGUUCUUUUACCUAAGAAGGAAAAUGUACAAGAUUUUACAGAUCUGAGACCAAUUAGUUUGAGCAAUUUCAUUAACAAAGUCCUCUCCAGAAUUGUUCAUAAUAGAAUAGAAGUUCUUCUACCUAGAUUGAUUUCUUCGAAUCAAUCAGGUUUUGUUAAGGGUAGAAGUAUCAUUGAGAAUGUGUUGCUGACUCAAGAGAUUGUUACUGAUAUUAGGAAGAGGGGUAAACCUAUCAAUGUUAUCAUGAAGCUUGAUAUGGCUAAAGCUUAUGACAGAGUAUCUUGGUAUUUUUUGAUAAAAGUGCUUAGGAAAAUGGGAUUUUCAGAAGUAUUUAUUGAUUUGAUUUGGAGAUUAAUCUCAAAUAACUGGUACUCAGUUUUGGUUAAUGGUCAAUCACAUGGAUUCUUUCAUUCUACUAAGGGAGUGAAGCAAGGUGAUCCUCUGUCCCCUGCUUUAUUCAUUCUUUCAGCAGAAGUGUUAAGCAGGGCCUUAAAUUCUUUAUUUGAAGAUGGUCAAUUUGUAGGGUAUGGUUUACCUAAGUGGAGUGCUAAGUUGAAUCAUCUUUCAUAUGCAGAUGACACUAUUAUAUUUGCAUCUACUAAUAAGUAUUCUUUGGAGAAAAUAGUGUCAAUUUUGCAGGAGUAUGAGGUCCAAUCAGAUCAGAAGGUCAAUAAGGAUAAGAGUGCUUAUUAUCUACCUCAAAAUGCAGCAGCUGAAGUGAUACAAUAG